AUGAAUAACGAAGAAAACAGUGUUGUAGUAAUUGAUAAUGGUUCCUCCGCUAUAAAAUCGGGAUUUGCUGGCGAUGAUAAUCCUCUUAACAUAUUUCCAACUUUAGUUGGAAGAUCAAAAUCGCGUAUUCAAUUCAGUCAUCAGAACAACACAACUGAAUAUUAUAUAAACGAUUCUUUAAAUACCAAAACCAAUUUUUUUGACGAAAUAAGUCCAAUACAAAAUGGUCAAGUAAAAGAUUUUGACGCAUUAAGUGCACUAUGGAAAUACAUUUUUGAAGAAAAACUUCGCAUCGAUUCAAGUGAAAAACACAUGUUACUCACAGAGGAUUUUGAACUUUCAUAUAGUGUUAGAGAGAAGAUGAGUGAAAUCAUGUUUGAGUCGUUUAAAGUCCCUUCUCUGUAUAUCUGUCGACCUUCUGUGUUGCCGAUCUACUCGGCGGGAACUACAACUGGUCUUGUUGUGGAGAGUGGGGAAAGCACUUUUCGACUUGAAUUUAUGUACGACGGUUUUUCGUAUCAAAACAGUACAUUUCACAAUUCUUUAACUGGCGGCUGUGUUACAGAAACACUCAGAAGACUUCUUACCAAAAAGUUUAAUACAUCAACUUUAAAUUUUAACCGCGAGACUUUGCAGGAAAUUAAAGAAAAUUUGUGUUCUUGUACGACAGACUUUGCAACCAAAAGAACUCAAAAAUCGAGUGAAUUAGAGAAGGAAUUUGAACUUCCAGAUGGGACAAUUCUACGUCUUGGAAUUGUGCGAUUUGAAGUUGCUGAGGCACUUUUUGAACCACAAAAAUACGAUAUCGACUGUGAAGGUAUACAGCACUAUAUAGCAAAUUCCAUUCAAAAAUGCGAUUUAAAUAGUCGAAAAUAUUUUUUGAGUAACAUUAUAUUAGCUGGUGGAAAUACUAUGUUUGAUGGAAUUGAUAAAAGACUACAACACGAAAUCAAUAAACUUGUGGCUAAAAAUGCAAAAGUUAAAAUUAUUACAUUGCCAGAAAGAAAAUUGUCGGCUUGGAUCGGAGGGUCCAUUUUGGGGUCUUUAAAUAGCUUUGAACAGGCUUUGGUGAGUCGAGAAAAGUAUAUGGAAUAUGGGAGUAGUCUUAUACAUUUGAAUUGUCAAUUAUAA